GAAAAUCGACCAAUCAAAAUCAAAUGAAUGCUUUUCUGCGGUAUAGUAUUCAUUAGGCUGAAAGACGUAGACAAGGGUUGGUGGGUGUUUGUUUGAACGUUUUGUGCGUCAGUACUUCGUUAAUUAGUUUACAAGGUAUUAAGAAAUAACAGCACAAUGGCACGUAAUUCGACAAGAGACUGGCGACUAGAUUGCAAAGUAUAUGUUGGAGAUCUCGGUUAUGGUGCAGCCAAACAAGAGCUUGAAGAGAAGUUUAGUAAAUAUGGACCUUUGCGUAAUGUGUGGGUAGCCAGGAAGCCUCCAGGGUUUGCAUUUGUUGAAUUUGAAGAUCCCCGUGAUGCUGAAGAUGCCACAAGAGCCCUUGAUGGAGCGAGAAUGAAUGGUCGUCGUGUGCAUGUUGAAAUGUCGUCAGGAAAGUCUCGUUGGGGAAGUCGAGGACCGCCAGUUGGCCGUCAGGGUUCUUCUUCUUAUGAUGACUACAGACCAAGGAGAGGCAGAUCACGAUCUUUCUCCCCACGUCGCAGAUCCUACUCCCCGCGUAGGCGAAGUCGCAGCGAUUCAAAUUCACCUCGUCGUCGUAGCCGCAGCAGUUCACGGUCCCACUCUCGGGGCCGCAGUCGGUCUAAGGGUAGAAGCCGAUCCAGGUCUAGGGGUAGGAGUCUGUCCCGAUCUAGGGGUAGGAGUAGGGAUCGUAGCAGAAGCCCUCAUUCAAAAUUGAGCAAGGAGAGAGAGGAAAACGACUAGAGAUAAGCUGUUGACUGUUGAUACUGAAGAAUUACCUGUUUUGCAAAGAAAUCGGGGCCUAAAUGUUGAUACCAGCGGGGAGAUAGCUCCUUGUCACAUCAGUUAUCUCCAUAGGUUGUUGUAAGCAGUGAUGUGUACUUAUCACUUCUAUGUGUUCACACUGCAUUCACGGACAGUGACGAUCAGUGACGAUCCUCCCAGUACUCUGUAUUUCUAAACCUGAGGCUACCAAGACCUUUUUUAACAGUAUCACUAAAGUAGACUUACAUUUUAAUGUCUUAUGAAAGUGGGGUAGCCUAAUGGCCUAAGCAUUUGCUUGUCAUGCUUAAGGCCUUGAUUCAAUUCCUCCCAGUUGUUAUAUUGCUGGAAUAAUGCUAGAAGUGGCUAAAAUCCAUGUCACUUUAUGUGUUUCUAUUCAUCACACAGUACUUGCAUGUUCAGGGCUCUUGUUCACCAGGCAGUCAUGGGGCUACAACUGUUGUAAGUCUUAUGUUAAGGUAUAGGGGUUAGGAUAGUUCUAGCCCUACAAUAGCUUUGUGAAAUGGUGCCUAAGAAACAUUGUAACCAAGAAAAAAAUUGAAAUACAAUGUCCUUCCUGUAAAUAAGUGUUUUCAUUUUUAUAUAGGAUUCAUUCAGUUCAUGAUUUUAAUAAAAUGUUGCAAAGUUCAAUCCAAGUUCAUACAUUACACUUGAAGCAAAACUGGGUUACACAGAUCAGUGUUUUAGUGUGAACUUGUAUUUUUAUCAAAUAUCCUUUUGUUCUUGUAAGGCAUUUUUACAAAUUGUCAACAUGUGCCUAUUUUUCUUUGUCUUGCACUGUAAUCCUUGGGAUGAUUGUUGUUUUGUUUAAUCAUGUCAAUAAGACACACAUUACGAUGUCUUUAUCUUGGAAGAAUAGCCUUCAUAUGUAUAAAUCUAAUUUAGCUACGAAAUAUUUUUGAGUUUCAGAUUGAUAAAAUAUUUCAACAUUUUUAACUACUAUAAAUGUUCCUGAAGAAACAAAACAGAGAUAAACAGUGAAGUUUAAGUUCCGAAGGCAGUUUCUGUAAAUAUGCUUGACUAUAUCACAGUAAACCUCUGAUCUAAAAAAACAUUAUCCAAGAUCAAAAUUGUUAACUUGGCUUAGCUCAUUAAUCAAAAAGUUAUGUUUUUUCUGAGGUUAGCUGUAUAUGCUUUGAUUUUGUUCAAUGAAUCAUUUGUCUGUGCUGUUAUGUGUCCAAGUCUCAAUUAAAAAAUCAACUGAACAGGAUUAGUGCACUUUACCAGGUGCACUAUUUUACAUUUCAAUUAGCAUGGCACAGAGGAUUGAACUCUCAAGUUCGGCUAAUGAGAACAUCCAAUUAUCCAACAGCCUAUACUGGGACCAUGGCUGUUAUCACAAACCAUUAGUGCUCUUCUACCAAGUCAUCAGCACUUGUUUAUCUGUUUGUACAUGCAUAAUGGCCGUUGAUUUCACUAAACUCAGAAGAACAGUGAAUACAGUGAGUUUCAUCACUUGCUUUGGAUUUAUCAUUUUGAAGUACACCCUACCUCACAACUUACCCUAAGGAUUGAAAUGUUUGCCUGACCCUUAACAUCUUAAAGGGUGUUUGGUGGGAGUGGGAUCUAAGGGAUAAGGAUGUUGUUAGGUGUCCUCACCCCAAUGAUUGAAAAUGCUUGUGAGAUCCUUGACGCAAGAGCUGGAGUUGCCAGAUUGAGCCAGUUAGCACGACAGGUGACUGUACCUGGUAAAUUGCACUCAUGUCCAACUGAAUUAUUAGAUCUCUUUGCUGUAAUUGUCUAGUGUUUUAACGGUUACAUUGCCAAGUAAUACAUUUUAGAAAAUUGUAUUUCACUACAAUGGUAUUGCUGCUCAUGUAUUCAUUGAAUAAAAUUUUAUUGAAUGUA